AUGCGUGUGUGUUUUACCAGGUGGGGAAGGGGGGUACGUUACCUCCAAAAAAAGCCACCAGUGUCUUCCACACGUGUGAGGAGAGAGUGGGUGAGAUCCGUGUGUCAGUUAUUCAUUAUCGGUGAACAUGGGAAAAGGGUAUGGACCUGACAGCCCUGCGGCUACUCCAAAAGGAGGAAAGAAGAGGAAAGAAAGAGAUUUGGAUGAGCUGAAGAAAGAAGUUUCAUUGGAUGAUCAUAAGCUUUCUCUAGACGAGAUCAGCGCUCGCUAUGGAGUUGACCUUACCAAAGGUUUGACCCAUAAGAGAGCUUUGGAAAUUCUGGCACGUGAUGGUCCAAAUGCCCUUACCCCGCCGCCCACCACACCAGAGUGGGUUAAGUUCUGCAAGCAGCUGUUUGGAGGUUUUUCUAUCCUGCUGUGGAUCGGGGCCCUCCUUUGCUUUCUUGCGUACAGCAUUCAGGCAGCCACCGCCGAUGAACCGGUCAACGACAAUUUGUAUCUGGGUGUGGUGCUUUCCGCUGUGGUCAUCAUCACUGGCUGCUUUUCGUACUAUCAAGAAGCCAAAAGUUCCCGGAUCAUGGACUCUUUCAAAAACAUGGUGCCUCAGCAAGCUAUGGUGAUCCGUGAGGGGAAAAAAAUUCAGAUCAAUGCAGAGGGGGUGGUUCAGGGAGACCUGGUGGAGAUCAAGGGUGGAGACAGAAUCCCAGCAGACCUUCGGAUCAUCUCCUCCAGCGGCUGCAAGGUGGAUAACUCCUCUCUCACCGGAGAAUCAGAACCUCAGACCCGUUCUCCAGGGUUCACACACGAAAAUCCACUGGAGACCAGAAACAUCUGCUUCUUUUCCACCAACUGUGUGGAAGGUACAGCCCAUGGUAUAGUGAUCAAUACAGGUGAUCACACAGUGAUGGGACGCAUUGCGACUUUAGCGUCAGGUCUGGAAGUAGGUCAGACGCCCAUCAACAUGGAGAUCGAGCACUUCAUUCAAAUCAUCACUGGCGUUGCCAUUUUCCUGGGCGUGUCCUUCUUUAUCCUGUCUCUCAUCCUGGGCUACAGUUGGCUGGAGGCCGUCGUCUUUCUCAUCGGCAUCAUCGUUGCCAACGUCCCUGAAGGACUGCUCGCCACUGUUACUGUGUGUCUGACUCUAACUGCGAAGCGUAUGGCUCGUAAGAACUGUCUGGUGAAGAAUCUGGAGGCCGUGGAGACUUUAGGUUCCACGUCCACCAUCUGCUCCGACAAAACUGGAACUCUGACACAAAACCGUAUGACUGUUGCUCACAUGUGGUUCGACAACCAGAUCCACGGGGCCGAUACUACUGAGGACCAAUCAGGCAGUUGUUUCGACAAGAGCUCUCCCACUUGGACCGCUCUGUCCCGAGUGGCAGGACUCUGUAACCGUGCUGUUUUCAGACCUGGACAAGAGGACAUACCUAUCCGCAAGAGAGAUACAUCAGGUGAUGCAUCAGAAUCUGCUCUGUUAAAGUGUGUUGAGCUCUCAUCUGGCUCUGUUGAAACACUCAGACAAAACAACCCAAAAGUAACCGAAAUCCCAUUCAACUCAACCAACAAAUACCAGCUGUCUAUUCAUGAAUUAGAGGACAGUCCCACUGGGCAUCUGCUUGUGAUGAAAGGAGCACCGGAGAGAAUUUUGGACAGGUGCAGUACCAUAAUGAUCAAUGGUCAAGAAUUACCAUUGGAUGAUGAGUGGAAAGAUGCCUUUCAAGGAGCCUACAUUGAUCUGGGUGGGCUGGGCGAGAGAGUUUUGGGCUUCUGUCACCUGUACCUCUCGGCCUCUCAGUUUCCAAGAGGAUUUAAAUUUGACUCUGAAAAUGUGAAUUUCCCCGUCAGUCACCUCUGUUUUCUGGGCUUAAUGUCUAUGAUUGAUCCACCCCGAGCUGCGGUACCAGACGCCGUGGGCAAAUGUCGCUCUGCUGGCAUCAAGGUUAUCAUGGUAACGGGUGACCACCCUAUAACAGCCAAGGCCAUCGCUAAAGGUGUGGGCAUCAUCUCCGAGGGCAAUGAGACGGUGGAAGAUAUCGCAGAAAGACUUAAUAUACCUCUGAGCCAAGUCAACCCACGAGACGCCAAGGCUUGUGUGGUUCAUGGUUCAGACCUGAAGGACAUGAGCUCUGAAUAUCUGGAUGAUGUUCUGAGGUACCACACGGAGAUUGUGUUUGCGCGCACUUCACCUCAACAAAAACUCAUAAUCGUGGAGGGCUGCCAGAGACAGGGUGCUAUAGUGGCGGUGACAGGUGAUGGGGUGAACGACUCUCCUGCUUUGAAGAAAGCUGACAUUGGUGUUGCCAUGGGAAUCGCAGGCUCAGACGUCUCAAAGCAGGCUGCUGACAUGAUCCUGCUGGACGACAACUUUGCAUCAAUUGUUACUGGAGUGGAGGAAGGUCGCCUCAUCUUUGACAACCUGAAGAAGUCGAUUGCCUACACUCUUACCAGUAACAUCCCCGAGAUCACACCCUUCCUGCUCUUCAUCAUCGCCAGCGUGCCGCUGCCCCUGGGUACCGUCACCAUCCUCUGCAUCGACCUGGGCACUGACAUGGUUCCUGCCAUCUCUCUGGCGUACGAGUCGGCAGAGAGUGAUAUUAUGAAGCGUCAGCCCCGAAACCCUAAAACUGACAAACUGGUGAAUGAGAGGCUCAUCAGCAUGGCAUAUGGGCAAAUCGGUAUGAUCCAGGCACUUGGAGGUUUCUUCACCUACUUUGUGAUCAUGGCUGAGAAUGGUUUCUUGCCCCGACAUUUGUUCGGGAUUCGACUGGACUGGGACGAUCGUUCAUGCAAUGACCUGGAGGACGCCUAUGGCCAGCAAUGGACUUAUGAGCAGCGCAAGGUCAUCGAGUUCACCUGUCACACCUCAUUUUUCGCCAGUAUUGUGGUGGUGCAAUGGGCUGACCUCAUCAUCUGCAAGACGCGCAGGAACUCCGUCUUCCAGCAGGGCAUGAAGAAUAGGAUUCUCAUUUUUGGGUUGUUUACCGAGACUGCUCUGGCAGCCUUCCUGUCCUAUUGUCCUGGUAUGGACGUCGCCCUAAGGAUGUACCCACUCAAGGUUAUGUGGUGGUUCUGUGCUUUGCCGUACAGUCUGUUAAUCUUUGUGUACGACGAGAUCCGUAAAUUAAUCCUGCGCCGAAAUCCUGGAGGCUGGGUGGAAAAAGAGACCUACUAUUAGCAAGCAAAAAAUGUGCUAUAAACGUCUAUUUAUGACUGUUAGGCUGUGUGUUUGUUUGUGCGUGUGUAAACAAUGUAAUGAAGUAAAUAUGACAAUCAUUUAGCGUGUGUGCGCGCAUCUGCGUGUAUGCAUAUGUGAGGUAUAAUGUUAGGUAUAUGCACAUAUCUGUUUACAAUAUGUAUCCUGAAUAUCACUAUCCAUUAUAAUUUAAUGAUUAAAUAAAGGAAAUAGACUAGAAAUGAAAUAAAUUAUAGUAGUAUAAUAUACUAUUAUAAUUUAAUAGUACAGUUCUAGUAAAGUAUAGUUUGCCUUCUGUGUUCUGAAUUUUUACAUUUCAAUGGCACAAUUUUUUGCUGUGAAUUUUAGACCUUGAGUGUUCCUGGUUACAGUCUAGUUUUUCUUUCUUUAUUUAUUUUUGUGCACUUUUAAACUAUGGUUCAAAUGACCCAUGUUGGUUUAUAUGUAUAUAUAUAUUUUUUAGAUUAGAUUCAACUUUAUUUUCAUUGUGCAGAGUACAAAUACAGGAAAUGCAGUAAUUGCAUGCACUGCAAGUCAUUAUGCAAACUUUUCGGUUUAUUAAAUAUCUUAUUGUAAUGUUACAAAAAUUAAUAUUAUACUGCAAUAAAUAAACAUUUGUCAUUUUA